GUAUGAUCAGCACGGCCAAACACUUCGCGAAGAGUACAAUCCCACGACCAGCAGUCCUGCACGGCAGAGAUGAGAGCGCCCAAAGUUUCCUUUGCUUUUGUGGGUACCGCAACGGCGCCGUCUGCGGACGUGGAAGAGCCUGGACCAUGUCUUGCUAUCUACGAUGGGAGCAAGCCGGGGAAAGAUCAAGGCUGAUGUUUGUAUAUAUUCGCCAUCUGGUCGUUCAUCGGAUUCCAUAUUGCCCGAGCAGUUUCUUUGUUGCCACCUGGUCUGCAAGACACCAAGCAACAGUCUGAAAGAUGGCGAAGAUCUCGCCUCCUCUGUCCACAGCCGUCGGCUAUGGAGUUAUCAUAGGUCUUGGUUUUCUGUUCGCCUUUGGUAUGAUUUUAACCACCUUCAUAUUAAAGAGGUACAAUGCCGAACUCCAGACCUCCGAAAUGUUUAGCACCGCCGGCCGCACGGUCAAGUCUGGUCUCGUUUCUGCCGCAGUCGUCUCGUCUUGGACCUGGGCGGCAACGCUUCUUCAAUCCUCCGCUGUUGCCUACAACUAUGGCGUCUCGGGCCCAUUCUGGUACGCCUCUGGCGCAACCGUUCAGAUCAUUCUGUUCGCGACGUUGGCAAUUGAACUGAAGCGCCGAGCUCCCAAUGCGCACACGUUCUUAGAAGUUAUCCGUGCCCGCUACGGCGCCACCACACACAUUGUCUACAUCGUCUUUGGUCUGAUGACGAAUAUCCUCGUCACGGCCAUGCUGUUGACAGGUGGCUCUGCCGUCGUAACUUCAUUGACUGGUGUGCCAACUGCUGCUGCUUGCUACCUCCUCCCAGUGGGUGUCGUUCUGUACACCAUGUUCGGUGGUAUCAAGGCUACCUUCUUGACUGAUUAUGCACACACCGUGGUUAUCUUAGUCAUUCUGCUCACCUUUGCCUUCAAGACUUAUGCCACCAGCAAUGUCCUUGGCUCCCCUGGCAAAGUUUGGGAACUCCUUCAGGAGGCAGCAAAACGCCACCCGGUUUCUGGCAAUGCUGACGGUUCGUACCUCACAAUGCGCUCAAAGGAGGGUGCCAUCUUCUUCGUCAUCAACAUUGUCGGCAACUUCGGCACCGUCUUUUGCGACAAUGGUUACUACAACAAAGCCAUUGCUGCCUCCCCAGUCCACGCUUUACCAGGCUACGUUGCUGGUGGACUAUCGUGGUUCGCUAUCCCCUGGCUCGCGGCGACAACUAUGGGUCUUGCUGCUCUUUCUCUUGAGAGCAACCCGAUCUUUCCGACCUACCCAGACCGCAUGGACCCAGCUGAUGUCUCCGCUGGUCUCGUACUGCCAACUGCUGCCACGGCUCUCAUGGGCACAGGAGGAGCUGUGGCUUCGAUCCUUCUCGUCUUCAUGGCUGUAACCUCUGCUAUGUCAGCUGAGCUGAUCGCUGUAUCUUCCAUCUUCACGUAUGACGUGUAUCAGACUUACUUCAACCCGAAGGCUAGCGGCAAAAUGCUCAUCAAUAUGUCACACGUUUGUGUCGUUGCGUAUGCCAUCUUGCUCGCCUCCUUCUCCACGGGCUUGCAUUACAUUGGCAUCUCCAUGGGGUAUCUGUAUCUCCUUAUGGGAGUCAUCAUCUCCUCUGCUGUCCUUCCUGCGUCCCUGACACUGAUGUGGCGCCAACAGAACUGGGCCGCAGCGACAUUCACCCCAGUCCUUGGUCUGGCUUGCUCCCUGAUUGCCUGGCUCGUCACCGCCAAGAAGGAGGGCGGGUCUCUCAGCGUUGCCACAACAGGCGCCAAUAAUCCCAUGUUGGCUGGGAAUGUCGUUGCCUUGCUCUCUCCACUUAUUUUCAUUCCCGUCUUGACCUUUGUCUUCGGUGUCCAGAACUAUGACUGGCAGUCUAUGAAGGAGAUCAAAAGGGCUGAUGAUCAUGACCUCGCUAUGACAGCUGGUCUUGACAUUGAGGAAAUUCCGGGUGGUCAUGAGGAGACUGAAGCUGAGGAAGCCGCUGAACAGGCUCAUCUCAUGCGCGCCGCCAAAAUUGCCCGUUGGCUUACAGUCUUCCUGACAGUUGCCCUUCUUGUGUUGUGGCCAAUGCCGAUGUACGGCAGCAGCUACAUCUUCAGCAAAUCUUUCUUCACCGGCUGGAUCGUUGUCGGUAUUCUUUGGAUGUUCUGCAGUUCAAUCUGUGUUGGCUUGUAUCCUCUCUGGGAGGGCCGCCACACGAUGAAGCGCACCGCCCUUGCCGUCUACAAUGAUCUUACGGGGAAGAAGGUCGCCCGGCGCGGCACCCUCACCGGCCAUGAAGUUCAAACCACAGGCGUCAGCACUCCGACAGAGAAGGUCGCUGAGACUACCAAGGCCAUGGAUUAAAUUCUUUGAUUUCGAACCAAUGAACAGAACGGGCACACUUCAAAGAAUGGAUUGUUCCACUGAUCUAACAUGUGGCUUGAGCUAGAAAGUUUUGUUAAUAUAUUUCGGAACACGUAGAGAUAAGUCGUACA